CUGUCCGAGUCGUGUGCCGUAUUGGAUAAAAGUUAAUCGCGAUUUUCUGGGUAAAUUUCGGUUCAAAAGUGACGAAAAGUGGUGUCGUUCGCUAGUGCCGGGUUCGUUACGUACGGUGCAAGUGGAAUUCGGUGCAAAAUGUGCAAUUAUGGUCCGGAAAAGUUAAAUUGAAAGUUAUGCGCCCGUCGGGCUGUUUUCUGCACAAUCAGUCGUGGAUUUCCCUUUUUUUCGGCUGCGCGCGGGGGCAUAAAUAACAAAAAGAGAAGAAAGUCGCUGAUUGCGUGUUUGUGUUUGUGAGUGGUGGGGUGGGUGUUGGGGAAAGUGCAAGUCCCGCUAGAUUUUUCAGUGUUUUCAAUCGCCGUGAUAAACAAAAACAAGGAUGUCGGAACGCUACACGCACCAGCUGUUGAAGGUGGUGGUGGCGCAGAUCUGCCAGACGAUCGGAUGGCACUCGAUCCAGUCGACUCCGAUGGAGUUGAUGAUCGACAUCCUGGACCAGUACCUGCGGGACAUCACGAAGGUGACGCAUCGGUACGCGGAGCUGUACAACCGGACGGAUCCCAAUUUGGACGACGUGGCGCUGGCAUGCAGAGAGAUGGGUAUGAAUCUGACGGAAAUGCAGGAGUAUUUGGAGUACGUGGAUCCGAUCGAGCGGCCGUUUGAGGUUCCGAAGUAUCCGCUGCCGAAGGACAGUCAUUUGAACUUUAUGAAACCGGGCAGCAAAGAGACGCUGACCAGGCCGGUGCACAUUCCGGAGCAUAUGCCGCCGAUGCUGGUGGAUUCGGAAGAAGAGCAGGAGGAAGAGGAACGACGCCGCCAGAUGAUGAUGAUGGGGGUGGAAGCGGAAUCCGGCGAGGUGGAUCAGGAUGAUGUGAAGCCGGACAUCGGAGAGGUUGUGGAAAAGAUGGAGGAGGUCGGAGCGGAGAAAGUGGCCGUCAUGGAUGCUAGUCAGAGUGAGGAAGUGGUCACGUUCAAGAGGCCGCUGGAUGGGCCAGUCGGAGAAGGAGGCAUUGCAGGGGAUGCUAAGAAGUCCAAGACGCUUUCGGAUGAGAGAAGACCGACCAGGGAGAUUAGCAGCGUGAUUAUGACCACGUCGGGUUUUAUUUCACCGGCCCGGGAGGGCAGGUUGCCGGAUUCGAAGCCGCCGGAAAUUCCGGAAGAGAAGCCGAAGCCUCCCCCACCGCCACCACCGGCGCCGGUGUCCACUGUUUUACCGGUGGCGAAGAUCGAUGAAAAGUUCGGAAAGAAGGCUAAGAAAAAGCCCGUUGAGAAGGAGAAGAAGGAAAAGAAAGAGAAGAAGGUGGACAAGAAGAAGGAUAGUGCAGACAAGGAGAAGGAAGCGAAGAGCAGGCCACCAACUCCCACGAUCCCUCCCCAGGAGCAAUUGGAAGCUUCUCCGUCGCUACCUGCACCGGUUUCAUCAAUCACAGAGGACAUUAAACCACUUUCGACCCCAGUGGAGCUUCCUCCAAAACCUCCAAUGCCGGUUCCGGAUGUCAAACCACCGCUACCGAUUGAACUGGAGAAGCCGCUAGUUCCGCCACCGGUUGUUCCGGUCGCUCCGCUUCCCAAACCGAAGAAGGAGAAAGCACCUCGAAAGAAGAAGGAACCGAAGCAGAAAGCUCAGCUUCCGCCAAUGAUUCCUAAUCCGGGCAUGGAUGUUGGCGCCAUUUUCCCACCAGAUCAAACGAUGCCUCCGCUUCCCCUUCCUGCGCCAUUGGUGAAUAAGGUCACACCGCCGAAACCGCCCAAACCCAAGCGUACUAAGAUGACAAAGAAGCAGAUGGAGCGCCAGUACAUGGAACAGCUGGCACAAUUCCAGGGAGGCCCCCUCAAUGCCCAGAACAUCCUGGAUAUGCUCGCUCCCCCGGGAAAGAAGCCCCUCCCAGGACUCUUUCAAUCACCGCUAUUCCCCCCACAAAAACAACUUCAGUCGACCCUGCCUCCGCACCAGCAGCCCAAGUUCCCGGACAACGUCGCCCAAUCCCAGCUGGACAUGCUCCAGAAACUCCAUCCGAGUCUGGAAAUCACUCCGGCGCCGGGUCCUUCCUCGAUUCCGCCGAUGCAUGCCUCUCCCGAGAAACACAAACUGAACAUCUUCAAGAAGGUGGCCAAAAAGGAAGCUCCCCCUCAGCCUCCACCACAAGGUCCCAUCAUCGUCAUCGACGACGACAAAAGCCCUCCCCAUCAGCCCCAAUUCCCGGUGACUCCGAUGGGCAGGAAGCGAGCUCCCAAAACGUCCGGCUCCGGAAUGUCCUUCCAGGACACACUGUCCUCGCCGGACAUGGGCUUCAACAUGGGCAUGACUCCGAGCGACCAUUCCGGCGGUUUGGGUCAUUCCGGAUCGUUCCGAGAGUUUUCUCCGCCUAAGACUCCCUCCAACCUGCCGAAAACGCCGGACAUCAAAAUGCCAUCCAGUUCAAGCUCGUCCGCCUCCUGGAUGAGCGAUUCCGGCAAAUUUGGAGCCGGACCUGGUCCACUCUUUGGCGACUUUCCCAACUUUGGCCUUCCUCCCCCUCCGGUUAAGGAGGAAAAGAAAAAGAAACCUCGGCAACCAAAACAGCCCAAGGAAACGGCCGCUUCCAAGAAGGCAAAAGCUGCUACCGGUCUCCUGGAAGAACUCAAACUUCUGCAACAGUUUCAGCAGUUCCCACCGGCUCCAUCCGGUCCCGGACCAAUCGACAAGAAAUCGCCCAUGCAGGACGUCUUCAACAAACUGGCCAUGCCUCCGAUGCCGCCGGGCUUCCUCGCACCCCAACUGCGUAAUCCCGGAAUGUUUGGAAUGUUCCCGCUCCCAUCCGGCCCCGGUCUCAUCCCGGAAAACCCUCUCUUCAACCCGUUUAAUCCGGCCCAGUCAUUCCUUCCGCCAGGAUUCGGAAUGCCUACGCUGCCGCCACGGUUUGACAUUAGCAAACUACUUCCAAAUCCGCGUCCCACAAAAGCUCCCUCCAUGGACUUCGACAACCUGGAUCCGGAAACCAAACUGGCCCACACCCCGCUCGAUCUGCAGAAGAGCACCUGCAACGUCGCCCCGUUGGUGCCACCAUCCCUGCAAAUCGAUCCCGUUCCACCCCCACCAUCCGCCGGCAGCUCCUCUCGCAAGAAGAACCAAAUCUCGCCGAUGGUCAAGGAACACUUCCCCCAGGAGCAAUCCCUCAACCUCUCGAUCAAGUCCAACGUCAUUCACCAGAACCCAACCGUCCCGUCCUCGAUCAUCCCUCAACCUCCAGCGGCGCACCAGCAGCCCAAAUUCCCCCAAGAACCCCCCAUCUACCCACAGAAAGACCUCCCCAUGUCCUCGACACCCACCACAAUAAUCCCAUCGCAUCACCCCCCACCGCAGACCCCAACCCCUACCACAAUCCCCCCACAACCCCAACACCUCCCAACCCUUGCGGCUGCCUCGCCCACCGUACCGCCCAUCACCCCCGGCGAAACCAUCGUCAUCGAGACGGAUUCCGACACCAACAGUCAGUCCACGGUGACCAUGGCGGCAAUGGGCAUUUCGCCGCCGCAAUCGUCCGGCGGAUCUGGCACUAAGCCUUCCGUCGUCGGAAGCCAGAAGGACAAAUCCGAAAAGCGCAGCAAAAACAAGGAACACAAAAAGGACAAGAAGCUGAAGGAAGGCAAGGAGGGCAAGGUCAAGAAGAAGAAGGAUAAGAAAGACAAGAACAAGAGCAAGGAUCGCGACCGGGAGAGGCCCAGGUCAUCCCACUCGAUGAACCAGGAACUCUCCGACGGCGCCAUGGAGCAAUCGUUCACCGCCGUCGCCGCCGCAACCACAGCAGGUGCUGCCCCGCAGGAAGACGCCGCCGCACUGCACGAACAGAUUCGACGGAAGGAGAAAAAGGAGAAGAAAAAAGAGAAACUCAAGAAGGAAAAACGAAAAGAAAAAGAACGAGCCGCCGCUGCCGCUCUGGAAUCCUCCUUCAGCGAUCAACGCAGCUCGUUCAAUCUGUCCAGUUCGGCCAACUCUGAUCUGUUCACUUCCGGUCCCUCGGCGGCGUCCAUCAGUGUAACGGAGCACCGCAACAGCCCGGACGCCGCGUCCGGUUCCGUUCCGAAGCUGAUGCUCAAACUCGGUUCCACGAACACCCCAUCACCCCGCUCCGGAACUCCGGAUCACCAUCCUCAACCUGCCGCUGAAUCCGCACCCAAACCAGCGGAAGUCAAGCGGGAAGCAUCACCGGAGCUGGCGCGGAUAUCGGCCCUGUUCACCCGACCGCCGAAACUCAAAACCCCCGGCAGUAAGGGCAAAAGCAAAGACGCCGACGAAUCCGCUAAAGCUCCCAAGCUGUCCGUCGACCACUCGAGCAAAGCGGCUGGCAAGCUGGAUUUCUCCGGCACAGAUCAACCGACGAAGCCGCGACCUCGCGGCAUUCAGGCCCUUCCGGACACAAUCGACCUGUUCUCGGUCACGCCAACUCCCGCCCAUCCACCGCAGCCGAAGCCAUCCCCGGCGGUCGCAUCUGGGUCCUCCUCUUCGGACCACCACCCUACCCCGCAUUCCUCCAAGAAGCCCCCGAAGGAACCGAAGUCGUCCAAAUCGACGUCCGCCUCGGCCAGCCUGGGCGUCACCAUUCCCGCUCCCCUGAACACCCCCAUAAACGUGCAGGACGCCGAUGGCAACGUGGUUUGGAUUUGUCCGGCGUGUGGCCGCGUCGACGACGGAACGCCCAUGAUCGGAUGCGACGGGUGCGACGCCUGGUACCAUUGGGUGUGCGUCGGGAUUCAGGUUCCGCCCGAUUCCAACGAGGACUGGUACUGUCGGGUGUGCAUCGGAAAGAAGCAGGAAUCGCAUGGGGACGAGAAGCAGAAGAAGCGCAAGAAGAAGGACAAGAAGAACCCCAAGGAUUAGAAGCGGGGGUUGUGUGUUUCGAUAUAAACCGGAUGUUGUGAAAAGCAUGCUCCCGAGGGACGCAGUGCAGUGUAGUGUUGUCAUUUUUCUUAAGAGUUUUAGGUUUAUGAUAAUGAAAUGGAUGUACGACAGUUUUUUGUAGAACGUGUAACCUAGCAAGGUUACUUUAGCGUAAAUGGUUAUUUUAAAAUAACACCUUGGACGAACAUUCAAUAUAAACUAUAUAAAUGAAUUGUAAUUGUAACUUAAA